GGGACAUUGCUGAGCCAACUUAUCUUCAUUUCCAUGAAUUAAGCCAAACGAGUGAAAACCUCAAAAGGCGCCGACAGGCAUGAACCAAGACGUUGCUGUCAUAGCUAUGCAGUACUAUGUUUUGCUGGUUCCUUUCAUGCACUCGCAGGCGACUACCCAACCAUUUAAACUCUGCUUUUACUACAUUCACUGUCUCACCAAUUCCACCACAAGACAAUCUUUUUUCCCUCAAACCCCAAAACCCAACAAAUCAGCUUAGAACAUCGCCUCCUUUAAUCCCAUUACAAAACUUAGUUGAUCAGUACAAAAAAGCUCAGGCCCAACUUGCAAGGUUGCCCACCUCAUCACAUGUUUCCUAUUCGGGUUCCGAAACGCGUGAAUUUCUAGUUAGUCGAUACCGCGAUUCUUGUUGUUCAGAAGAUGCAAAAGGGCUACAUUUGCACAUUUUCAAAAAUGGGUUUGCUAAUGAUUUGUUUUUGUGCAAUACCCUUAUUAAUAUUUAUGUCAAGAAUGGUUACGUGGUUUCAGCACGUAACUUGUUUGAUGAAAUGCGCGAAAGGAAUUUGGUUACGUGGGCUUGUUUGAUUUCAGGGUACACCCAGAAUGGCGUGCCUCAUGAGGCUUGUGCGCUUUUAAAAGGGAUGGUUUCUCAGGGAUUUUGUCCAAAUCACUAUGCCUUUGGUAGUGCUCUUCAAGCUUGCCAGGAGUGGAGACCCUUUGGAGUUAAGUUUGGGAUGCAAAUUCAUGGAUUAAUAUCAAAAACUCAGUACGCAUUUGAUGGGGUGGUAUGUAAUGCGCUGAUCGCAAUGUAUGGGAAUUGUCAGGAUUCUGCUGAUGAUGCUCGCCGUGUUUUUGAUCAGAUACAUACCAAAAAUUUGAUAUCAUGGAAUUCCAUUAUUUCGGUCUAUUCCCAAAGAGGAGAUGCAAUUUCUGCUUUUGAGCUCUUCUCUAGAAUGCAACAGCAGGGCAUGGGAUUCAUUUCAAAACCUAAUGAGUAUACUUUUGGAAGCUUGAUAACUGCUGCUUCUUCGUCAGUUGGUUCUGGUUUGAGUUUGCUUAGGCAGGUUCUCACCAGGGUUAAGAAGGCUGGAUAUCUUGGGGAUCUGUAUGUCGGUAGUGCUUUAGUAAGUGGGCUUUCCAGGUUUGGACUGAAUGAUUAUGCCAAACAGGUUUUUGAGCAGAUGAGUGUGAGGAAUGCAGUCUCAAUGAAUGGCUUAAUGGUUGGUUUGGUGAGGCAAAAACGGGGAGAAGAAGCAGCUGAGAUUUUCCAGGGGAUGAGAAACUCGGUUGAUGUCAAUCUUGAUUCAUAUGUUAUUUUGUUAAGUGCUUUUCCUGAAUUUACUCUGUUGGAGGAUGGCAAAAGAAAGGGUACAGAGGUCCAUGCGUACGUCAUCCGAACUGGAUUAAUUGACAUCAAGCAUGAAAUUGGCAAUGGGCUUGUUAACAUGUAUGCUAAAUGUGGUGCUAUUGUGGAUGCUUCUUCUGUUUUCAAACUCAUGGUUUGUAAAGAUUCAGUCUCAUGGAAUACUAUGAUUUCUGGUCUUGACCAGAAUGAGCAUUUUGAAGAUGCCAUCAUUAGCUUCUGUGAAAUGAGGAGAACGGGACUUAUGCCUUCAAAUUUCACAUUGAUUAGUACUUUGAGUUCGUGUGCAAGCUUGGGGUGGAAGAUGCUGGGACAUCAACUACAUUGUGAAGGAACUAAAUUAGGACUUGAUUUGGAUGUUUCAGUUUGCAAUUCACUUCUUGCAGUGUAUGCUGAGACUGGAUGUCUUGCAGAAUCUGAAAAGGUUUUCUACUUGAUGCCAGAGUAUGAUCAAGUUUCAUGGAAUUCAGUAAUUGGGGCUUUUGCUGAUUCAGAGGCAUCAGUUGUUGAAGCUGUGAAAUAUUUCAUAAACAUGAUGCGAGCUGGAUGGAGUCUUAAUAGAGUAAGCUUUAUACAUAUUCUUGCAGCAGUGUCAUCUCUUUCACUUCUCCAACUGAGCCAUCAGAUUCAUGGUUUGGUGCUAAAAAACUGUGUUGCAAAUGACGUUGCUAUUGAGAAUGCACUUUUGGCUUGCUAUGGAAAGUGUGGAGAGAUAGAUGGAUCUGAAAAGAUCUUUUCUAGGAUGUCUGAGAGGAGAGAUGAAGUAAGUUGGAAUUCUAUGAUUUCUGGAUAUAUACACAAUGAACUCUUGUCCAAGGCCAUCGAUUUAGUCUGGUUUAUGAUGCAGAGGGGUCAGAGAUUGGACUGUUUCACCUUUGCUACCGUUCUCAGUGCUUGUGCUUCUGUUGCAACACUUGAGCGUGGAAUGGAAGUCCAUGCCUGUGCAAUAAGAGCUUGCUUGGAAUCUGAUGUUGUAGUUGGCAGUGCACUUGUCGACAUGUAUACCAAAUGUGGAAGAAUAGAUUACGCUUCAAGAUUUUUUGAGUUGAUGCCCAUGAGGAACGUCUAUUCUUGGAAUUCAAUGGUAUCAGGAUAUGCACGCCAUGGACAUGGACACAAAGCUUUGGAGCUUUUUUCACAGAUGAAGUCAUAUGGUCAACCACCAGAUCAUGUCACCUUUGUUGGAGUCUUAUCAGCUUGUAGCCAUGUGGGGUUAGUGGAUGAAGGGUUUAAGCAUUUCAGAUCCAUGAGUGAAAUAUAUGAUUUGGCUCCUCGGGUUGAGCACUUUUCAUGUAUGGUAGAUCUCCUCGGGCGGGCAGGUGAACUUAAGAAGAUAGAAGACUUCAUCAAUAAGAUGCCAAUGAAGCCCAAUACUCUUAUUUGGAGGACGGUGUUAGGGGCUUGUUGCCGAGCUAAUGGUCGUAACACAGAGCUAGGUCAUAGGGCUGCUGAAAUGCUUCUAGAGUUAGAACCUCAAAAUGCUGUUAACUAUGUGCUUCUUUCUAACAUGUAUGCUUCUGGAGGGAAGUGGGAAGAUGUGGCAAAGGCUAGAAUGGCGAUGAGGAAAGCAGAAGUAAAGAAAGAAGCUGGGUGUAGUUGGGUAACCAUGAAGGAUGGUGUUCAUGUUUUUGUGGCUGGAGACAAAUCACACCCAGAGAAAGAGUUGAUAUACGAAGAACUGAAGCAACUUAACAAGAAAAUGAGAGAUGCCGGAUAUGUCCCAGAGACUAGAUUUGCGCUAUAUGAUCUUGAAUUGGAGAACAAGGAAGAACUCCUAAGCUAUCACAGUGAGAAACUGGCAGUUGCUUUUGCUCUCACUCGCAAAUCCAGGCUGCCUAUAAGGAUAAUGAAAAAUCUUCGGGUUUGUGGUGACUGCCACUCUGCCUUUAAAUAUAUAUCAAAGAUUGUUGGUAGGCAAAUAGUAUUAAGGGAUUCAAACCGAUUUCACCAUUUUGAUGAUGGUAAGUGUUCAUGUGGGGAUUACUGGUGAUGGGCUUAUGGAAACUUAAAAUGGGGGACGAUGUUCAAGGUAUGAUCAUUCAUUCGGGGCAGCAUUUUUUCCGUAGUAUUAAGAAUACCAAGGCAAAAUUGGCAGAAUUCUACAGAGACUGGUAUUGCUUGGGAAGGCUCAAUACCAUUGUACCAAGGCAAGGUUUUAUACUUUGGUUGGUUCUCAUAGGCAGAUCAUGAACUUAACUGAUCAUGAAAUAAGUGAAGAGGAAUGGUUCUGAUGUUUUUUGUGCAGCAACAAUGAUGGAUUUAUCUCACAUUUCUUUCAAUUGUCUGAAUGUUACACUGUGCAUUUGUUUGGCAUCAGAAGAUCCAUUUUUGCUAUGGAAGCAUGAAAGAUGCAAUUUAUACGAGUCAGCCACUGCGAUUUGCUGCCACCAUGUACAAUGCGUGCAUUGCAAAUAAAAUUAAUUUCUGAAGAGAGACAUCCAAAAAUCAUGCCAGAUGUACAGGUUUAUUGUCCUGUCAUGUUGCUGGCUGUUGAUACCAUAAUAAUAGGAACAGAAGGGAUGGGCAAAAUAGCCUUUUGAUUGGCUGCUGUUUUAGUAGUAUGUUUUGUUUUUGUUAAGUACUUUUGUUUAGGAUGUUCAGGAAUAUUUUAUUCUUGUGUAAAUGGCAUAUCUUUAUUUGGUGUA